CUGAGUAAACAAACAGAAGGCAGCGAGUAAACAAGUGGUCCAGAGCAACAGGUAAAUCCCGGCCAGCAUCUGCGGCUCUCCAGACGCAUGUGCAGGAGUUCCGGGAGAAUAAGCGGGUGAAGCGCAGCCAAGUGAUCUGCAAACAGUGUGGCAAUCACAUCUGCUGAGUUGUAACUUUCACUUUCCCCAGCUUUGUACAUUUCACAGUUGCUGGAAGUAAAAACCUAAUGAUAACAGGUGAAAAAACAUAGACCAAAAUGUCGAUGAUCUUCAAUACGGAGUGGGGCUACCUGGAGGCCCUGACGCGGGGCUUCAAGAACGGCAUGCUGAAGCACUCGGACUACCUGAACCUCACCCAAUGCGAUUCCCUGGAGGACGUGAUGAUCAGCAUCCAGGGCACGGACUACGGCAUCAUAUUCGGCGGUGAGAAUAAGGAGCCCUGUGUGGAGGUGAUCGAGAAGGCCUUGAGGGACCGCCUCCUGCAGCAGUACUACUACAUACGCAGCCAUUCGACGGAGCCACUGACCACCUUCAUGGAGUACAUCCGCUACCCCUUCAUGAUCGACAACGUGGCGCUCCUGAUUGCCGGCCUGAACAACCACCGGUCCAUGAAGCGGCUGCUGAAGAUGUGCCAUCCGCUGGGCGAGUUCGACCAGCUGGGCGCCAUCGAGGUGGCCACGAACUCCGCGGAGCUCUUCGACGCCGUCCUGAUCGACACGCCCAUCGCCCAGUUCGUGCCUCCCGACCUGCCCGUGGAGAGACUACAGCACAUCGACGUGGAGAUCGUCCGCGCCCACUUGUACCGCGCCUACCUGGAGAAGUUCUACGCCUACUGCAACAACCUGGGCGGCACCACGGCCAGCGUGAUGGCCAACCUGCUGUCCUUCGAGGCGGAUCGCCGCACCAUCACCAUAGCAGUGAACUCCAUAGACAGCGAUAUCAGCCCCAAGGAGCGCCUCAAGAUGUUCCCCACCUGCGGCUACCUGCCCAAGAUCGCCCUGGCCAGCAUGUCCGUCCUGAACGACUCGGACAAAAUCAGGGACGUGUGCAACGUGUUCGACGGCUAUGGCAAGAUGUUCGACAACCUCGAGCGCGACACCGACGGCAUGAUCACGCUGGAGGACCGCUUCCUCAUGGCGGAGGCCAGGAAGAACGUGCAGACCUUCCUGCAGCAGUACCAGUUCGGGGUCUUCUAUUCGUUCAUCAAGCUCAAGCAGCUGGAGUGUCGCAACAUCGUGUGGAUCAGCGAGUGCAUUGCGCAGCGCCAGACGGACAAAAUCAAUGCCUACAUUCCCAUUCCCUUUGAUUAAUUAGUCAUUUUUAUUGGGUGUUUGCAUUUCGAGCAGUAUUUUCGUUCCCUGUUCAUUCUGAUUGUUAAACGGUUGUUUGUUGAAAUCCAAAUUUAGAUAUUUAUUUAAUACUAUUGACACAAAAUAAAUUUAAUAAAUAAGUUUUUAAUUUUC